GCACGGGCAGGAAGUCCUCAUCAGGCUCUUCAAGGGUCACCCCGAGACCCUGGAGAAGUUCGACAAGUUCAAGCACCUGAAGUCGGAGGAUGAGAUGAAGGCGUCUGAGGACUUGAAGAAGCACGGCACCACGGUGCUGACCGCGCUGGGGGGCAUCCUCAAGAAGAAGGGGCAGCACGAGGCGGAGCUGAAGCCCCUGGCCCAGUCUCAUGCCACCAAGCACAAGAUCCCCGUCAAGUACCUGGAGUUCAUAUCUGAAGCCAUCAUCCAGGUUCUGAAGAGCAAGCAUGGCGGGGACUUUGGCGCGGAUGCCCAGGGAGCCAUGGGCAAAGCCCUGGAACUGUUCCGGAAUGAUAUUGCAGCCAAGUACAAGGAGCUGGGCUUCCAGGGUUAGGCCACAACCCCACCCAGGGCCACCCAGGGCCCGGGACCCAGAGGAGGGCUGCUGGAGCCUCCUGUAGCAAUGUAGCCUUUGUUUGGAGUGUCUGCUUUGGUGAUGAGAGGUGGACAGGAGAAGCAGGGGCUGGGGGCACAUGCUCUUCAGCUGGGGGAAGUUUGGGUCAUCCGAGAGCCUCCUCACACCUAAACCCCAACCCGGUGUCUCCUCCCCUCCAAACUGACCCAGGGCCCUUCCCUUCCCACCCCAUGAUCCCCAACCACAGGCCUCCCCUGAGCCCAGCCCCAUCCCUGCCCAGCAGAGUGCCCAUGCAGAAAGGAGAGGGGGGCAGGGGAAGCUUGGGCAUUUCUGGAACAUCCUGACUGGGGUGGCUCACUUGGCGUCAAUAAAAGGCUUUGCAACA